AUGUCCACCGCAGCCCAAGCCCUCCGCGAAAAGCAAGCGCCCAUCAAGGCCAAUUACCGUAGCGACCCCUCCUCCGCCUUCGUAACGCUCAAGUCCACCGGCAACCUCGACUCCUCCUCGAUAACAUGCAAGCUCUCCACCGGUGCCGCAGUCAAAGAAGCCUCGCGCACAGCAGGCCUCCACCCCAAAGCCGGCGGCGAUGACCCCAGCAUAUCCGGCGAGCUCUGCUCCGGCGACAUGCUGCUAGACGCCCUGGUGGCUUGCGCAGGUGUGACACUUAAAGCUGUUGCGACGGCCCUCGGCAUCCCAAUCUUAUCGGGCACUGUGACUGCGGAAGGCGAUCUAGACUUUAGAGGCACGAUGGGGGUGGAAAAGACAGCGCCCGUGGGGAUCACGGGGAUACGGAUGGGAUUCGAUGUUGUUUUCGGGGAGAGGGAGGACAAGGGACAUGUUACGGAGGAUGAGGUGGCGUCGCUGGGGAAGUUGACGGAGAGGUAUUGUGUGGUGUUGCAGACGUUAGUGAAUAAGCCUGAGAUUAGCGUGAGGGUGGUGGGGAGGGGUGGUGAAAAGGAAAGAGAGGGAGUGCAGAGGGAGUUGAGUUGGGGGCAUAAGGCAUAG